CCGGCGCGGAUUUUUUUCAAUCAUGAGUCGUCCUGCGCAUCGCGGCUGGUUGUGAUGGAAGGAUGGGUCAAAUGAGACGUUGAACUGAUCUCCGGGCAUCGGCCCUUCCCAAAGCGAUAACCCUGAGAUGAAGGAACAAGGCGGAAGGAGGGCACAGGAGAAUCGAUAGUGGCUGAAAACAGUGAAGUUUUAAUGAAUCACUGACUUUGCUGAUUCUACCAGGGAAUCCUUUAGAGAGCAUUGCAGCUCCUUAGAGAGAAGAUCACUUCCAGCAUGACAGUAAGAAAUAAUUGCUGUGGAAGAGCAGGAGUUUAAAGAUGAUGACCCUCUGGAUGAUGUGGGGGCAGAAGGACACCCUUUACAUCACUUCUAUCCCCGACGCGUGAAAGUGGGAGUCUGUCCCAGUGGCAUUUACUCAUUGUUGCCAUGACAACGGGUGACUGCUGUCAUCUCCCUGGUUCUCUCUGUGAUUGUGCUGCCAGUGCUGCCUUUUCUAAGACGGUAGCAACAGCUGAUGUGGGUCGGCCUCAGUACAUCACGCAAGUGACAGCAAAAAAUGGCCGUCUCCUGUCAACUGUGGUGAAGGCUCUAAGUACACAAAGUGAUGGACCAAUCUGCCGGAUAUGUCAUGAAGGCAACAACCUGGAAAUUUUGCUUUCACCUUGUGGUUGCACUGGAACACUUGGAGCAGUUCACAAAACCUGCCUAGAGCGAUGGCUUUCAUCUUCUAAUACCAGCUUCUGUGAACUAUGCCAGACUGAGUUUCUGGUUGAGCGAAAGCCUAGACCUUUGAGGGAGUGGCUGAGAGAUCCAGGUCCAAGGAAUGAGAAGAGGACAUUGUUUUGUGACAUGAUUUGCUUUCUUUUCAUCACUCCAUUAGCAGCAAUCUCUGGCUGGCUUUGUUUGCGAGGGGCACAGGAUCAUCUACAAUUCAACAGCCGUCUAGAAGCAGUUGGACUUAUUGCACUCACUGUGGCACUUUUUACCAUCUAUGUCCUAUGGACACUGGUUUCAUUCCGCUAUCACUGCCAGCUUUACUCAGAAUGGCGAAGGACAAACCAAAAAGUCCGAUUGAUGGCUGCAGACCAGAAGAAUAUCGCUCAACAUUCUCUCCUCUCUUCAAAGCUUGUGAGGAAAGAUUCUAGUGAAACAAUUGUGUAAAUUCAUUGACACAGAGAACCAUAAAAAAAUGACAAUUCAUAAAGUCUACAGUCCUUGAAACGUGCUUUAUAAUCUCAGCAAGGAAUGACAAAACAACAACUUGUUUAAUUUCAUGGAAUACUCACAAGACGCAAACUUCAUUUGCAACACUCUCAGGAGACAGUAUAUAUGCAGCCUGCAUCUAAAUGCAUUCCCAAUAAAGAGUGGGGUUUUGAAACCUCAUAUUAGCUCCACUCAUUUGGAUAGUAUUGUUAUUCCAUUGUAAGAUUGAAAUUUAUGGAAUGGGACCAUUGGAAUUUGAAAUUAGACAAUCAUUUGUUCUACCAUGUUUAAAAAAUGACUUAAGGUUACAAUGUGUUGAACUGCUUUUAUUUUGAGAGAUAUGGCCUCGGCAUUGCACAGUAGCCAGUUAUUGGGUCGGUCAGCACUAAGUAAAAUAGAUUUGGAGAUCUUUAUUUCUUGUGAAUGUUGUUUAUAAAUGAAGUGACAAAACAGAAAUCUGAGCCCUGGAGGAAAUCAGAAAGUUUAAAUAGCGGUUGCUGAGUUUUGAAUUGUAGAUGUUUGGAACUUCCACGUUUAAAAAGAAUCUGCUGAAGUAUUUCUUGACUUGUAUACAGGAUGUAAUGCUGGUCUCAUAUCAGUGAUUUGCAACAAAUUGACACAUUCUAACACUAUUAUGGCAUUGAUUUUUGGGAAGCUUUGUGCUUGCUUUACUAAAUGACACUUCGGAGCACCAAAAAAUCUGCAUGUUUUUCAAGAUCACUCAUUUGUGAUACAGUUAGUAACACUGCAGUCAGCUUUCAGCACUCAUAGUAAAGCGCUUAGUCGGAGAAUUUCACUAAAUGGAAUACCUUCUGAGGUCAAAUUUGCAAUAUUGAAGCAGAAUAAUGUUUUCCAAAUGGGAUAAGAGGAAGUAAAAAUGUUCCCAAUGGAGAAUUGAAGCUAUGGUACUCAUUAAUGAGGGAGGAAAGUAGAAAACUGUUAUUCAAUAUGCUUUGUAUAGUAGAAGAUUUGAAUCUUUGCUGUAUAAUCUAAUCUUAAUAUGGUUUGGGCUUUGGUAUAGAAUGAGUUAGGGAAUUAAGAAAUUUCUUCAUCAAACAUGCCUUUAUGUUUCAUUGGUUAAUGUUUGUUAGGGCUCCUUUGUAUAUUAAAGCUAGGACGCUGCAUCUCCCAUUGUGUCUUUCCAUAACCAUUUGGUGAGUUAGGCAGCUAAAGAACACUAUAUAUGAUUACAGCAGCUAGUAUUAAAACUUAGUCUCCAAUGAAUAUACCACUUACUAUAUUUUUUGUCAUAGAAUACCUGAUGCACAUUUUAAAAUUACUUUUGUGAAGUUCCAAAAAUUAUCUAAACUUUGAACACACAAGCUUAAGGAGACUGAAAAAAUAUAUGAUAAAUUUUGUUCAACAGUUUUCAUUUAUUGUCUCUUUGAUUCCAGAACUAAAAUGAAUAGUAAUGUACCAGAGAAAACCAGUAUUGAUAAAACUCUACAGCACUCUUCAUCUCUCAUUUCACGUUUGUGUCUGUGUUUGUAAAUUAUUUGUAUUUACUGCAAGUUAUUAGUGAUAUAGUGUUAAAGAGUAGGAAAUUGAACACGUUAUAGACCUCACACCUCACCUUUUAAUUAUCUUUCAAAGUUGUUGAUCAUCCAUAAAAUAUUAAAUAAAUGCAUUUAUGAUGCUAUCAGUUUAAAGCACUUGUAGAAAGACAAGUGUUAGAUAAGAAGAUAACCUGUUGACCCAUUGGCAAUGCACUUUUAGGUUUUCAGCAUUAUGGCCUUUUUUUAUGUAGUAAUGUUGCAUUUUAUUCAAAAUACAGAUUUGGUUUUAUUUUAAACCAAUUUGGCAAAUGAUGAAUUGAACCUAGUGGAUAUAUCUUCAUUGAAUUAGAGUGGUAAUGAGAACAUAAAAAGGAGCUUUUUGAUUGGAAAUUCUGGUUUGCAUCUAUUUAUAACUUUUGAAAAUUUAACUAAAAGUAAAUUUAACUGAAUUGAUCACUAACAUUUCAAAAAUAGUCUUAUCACAUUCUUUUAAUAUCCUAAACAUUUCACAACCACAACUAUUAGAUUACUGUUUCAUUGCAGAAUUUUCAUUAUUAUUCUUGUUGUCAAAGUGAUCAGCAUGUGUUUGCUCAACAACGUGUAUGAUGCUGAGAUAGAUCCUAAGAUGCGCUGGGUCACACCAUUACUCAUGUAACCUGAGGUCAUUGGGUGUUUCGGGUCUUUCAACAUCAUACACCCUUGGCCAGGCGAUCUGCUCAGGGUUGAUCAGGCCCCGGCUUGUGUCCCAGCAACAUUGGUUCACAGGUCACACUUCUUGAUCCAUAGUCAUCUGGAGCAGCAUCCAUGACAGUCCUGAUGGCUCUUCUUUUUGCAGCCCCAGUAAUGUUAAGGAGAAAGUAGGUUUUGCAGAGUGAGCAGCCAGCAAAAUUUCUAUACCCCACUUCUAUAGGCUUGCAACAUGCCCUCCACCCCUGAAUCUGACAUUGCUGUACCAGCUCCUGGAAUUUGGCCUUCUUACACUCAAAUGUCUCUUCAGUCUGGUCUUCCCAAAGCACCUGCUUUGAAGUUUCUGUCAGAAAUGACCAUGUGAUGAUGCUGUGUUGAAGUCAGGGAACUUUAGCUGCUUUCCAAGAUUAAUUUUCAGUUGCCAGUCAAACACCGUGGUGAGCAAGCCUGAUGGUGAUCUGGGCUGAGGCUGUGGUUGGUCUCCAGCUUUGACAAAGGCUUUGGGCUUUCUGGAUUGACAGAGGUGCAUGACCAAGGAGAUAUUUUCUGCCACUGCCUUCAGCACCUGGUCAUAGCACCAGCGGUAGCGGCCUUCUCCCAAGGCUUUUGGCAGUUGCUGAGGAUGUGUUCCAGGGGCCCUCUUCCAGGACAGAGAGGACAUGAUGGUGCCUCGCUUUUGCCUCAAGCAAAAUGGUUCAAUGCACUAGGCUGGACAUCGUACACAGCUUGGAUCAUGAACUUGAUGCAGUGGGGUUCUGCCUGCCAAAUAUUGGAACAGAAAAUGUUCCGCUUCAGCGCACCAUCCCACCUUGUCCAAGCUUUCUGCUGCCCCAUUCAGGUGGUACGGAUGUCCUCAAUAGCUGUUCACGCCUCUUCCUGGACCAGUUUGCUUCUGUCCCUGCCCUGGGCCCAGUUGAAGGAAAGCUUCCGAGCCCCGUGUGACCAGAUGCCACUAUCCCUAACAGACAGUGUAUAAAGGUGUAGAAACAGCAAUGCAAAAUAAAGGAGUGCUGCGAACUAUGUUGGUUAUAGUUGAAGAGAAGGUAUUGGCUAGGAGACUGUGAAAGCCACUUGCUUAGGGUAUUUUAUAUUUGAUGGAACAGAGAAACAAGGUUUUUUAUUAUGUUACCUAAACAAGACUGAGUAGCUUCAGUCAGUAUUACAUCUGAAGUAUCAGACUAGAAUGUACAAGUUGAGGGUUAGACAGGGGUGAGAUUGGCACAUCUCACUUCAUAAAUCUAACUCUGAGUUAAGCAUUUAAUUAAGAAAAGUUUGUAAUACUUUGCUUUCUUAAAUUGAACCUUUUUAUUUGAGCUUAUUCUAGUUUAUGAAUAAAAUCACAGUAUUAUCAACAUUGGAAAGAACUUCCCCAUUGUUUGUUAUGUGAAUGAGUUUGAAAACAGGGUAGAAGCUUACCCGGUUUAUGGAAAUAUCAACUAUGAAAGGUACAGUGGUGUGCAGCAGCCUUUCCUCUGGUGAUAUACAGAAUCUUAGCAAUAUAAUCUGUUAAUGAUGUUUUUGAACACUUAAUGCUUGAAAAGCUGUUAUUUUACUGCCUACUGGCUGAAAGAAUUUUUGCCGAUUUGGGUAAUGUGUAUACCUCAUUGUCGGUACUCUAUAAGCAUCUCUCUAAGGAGUUUAGAUAUAAAACUGUAGAAUUAAAUUGAAUUUCCUUGAAUUUUCUGAUAUUGCUUUACCUUGAGCUUUAAUUUGUUUACUUAAUUCCCUUUCUCUCAGUAAUUUCUGUGUGCUGACUAAACAUGUUUUAUUGUAUAGAUUUUUCUUGGUAGCUUUUAAUAGUGUCUAUAGAAUUGUAUUCAUAUGUGCUACAGAUAUAAUUUUUUAUUUUUGCUUAAGGCAUAAAUUGCAAAACUUAACCAAGUUGCUGCCCUUUGAAUCUUUUAGUUAAUUGUUCACCAAGUUAAAAGUGAAUCAGGAUCGGAAUUCUGCUUUUUUUUUGCUGCAGAUUCUUAAUAUUUGAUCUGCACUUAAAAAAAAAUUUAAUCCUCGCCCAAAGCCAGUUUUCAAAAUAUAUAUGUGCAUCAAUAGAUGUACUCAUUCCGUUGGGUUUAUUUUUGAGGUGUUGAUUGAAAUUUGGAGAUGUAGUGAAUUGGUUGGACAGACUCAUUGUACUUGAUUGAGCUUUAUAAACUUGACUGUUAGAAUAUUUCUCAAAAUUAAAUCUCCCAAAGAGUAGAAUUGGAGAUGCAAUGUGUUUGCAACCAGUUAAGUGUAAAAAUUAAAAGUUUCUAUUGAAUAUAAAGUUAGUAGAAAUUCAAGGAAUGGUACAUGGUUCAGGGAAAUUAUGGUGGGAAAUGAUGAAUGAAUUCCUGCUCUGAUGCUAGUAAUGUAGCCAUGGUAUUAUACAAGUAUCCAAUGAUCCCAAUGCCAAGAAGGGAAUGGAUAUCAAUUCACUUUCCUGUUCCUGAUCAUUGUCAACUGACUUCUGUUGCUCAGUGCACAUUUAUUGAUAUCUUGGUGAAAAAAGAUGGGCUAGCCCGUACACAACAAAAUAAUCAUUUGUAUUCUAAAGGAUAGCCGCAUGAUAAUGUAUCAAAUGGUGACCAACAACCCCUGAAUCCUUGGCCCAGCCAGAGUUAGGAAACUGAUCCAUUUUUGAGUUAUCAAGUAUUUUAAAAAUAACCAUUGACUAAAUUGGCAUUGUGGCAAAAAUCACUCUCAAAAUUGUAGAAAUGUAGCUGAGAUAUUUUUUUCAUAGUUGCACAAAAUUUGGAUUAAUAGAUGUGGAAAGAUAACAAAAGAUUGUACUCCAGUUGUAAAACUGACACUAUUUUCCUUCUGAGAAUGGAACGGAACUCUAAUUUUACAUAAAAUACUGUACCAAUUUACUUUAAAGAUCCUCCGUUUGGAUCUUCAGCAAAUACAUGUUUAUUUAUUAUUUUUCAAAGUUUUAAAAUGCCUUAAUUGAUGCACAGAUAUUUAUGACAAGAUUUUCAGAACUCUAAUUUUGUUCCCAGAGCCCUGGUCUCAUGCUCUGUUUUUCUUCAUUGAUUGGUUGUCAUGAAUUAAAUGGAUUCAAGAAACAGUUGCCACUCUUGAACUUGUUAGAAUUCUUUAUUUUAAUUAUGUAAAUGUGCCUCACUAUUCUGUGCUAUCUUUCAGACUCAUUGGAGGUAAGUCUGGAUUUAAUGUUUUGGAUGAGAUAAUAAUGCAUUGGAAAUCCACAUAUGAAAAUGGUACAGCUUUAUAAACUUGACUGUUAGAAUAUUUCUCAAAAUUAAAUCUCCCAAAGGGUAGAAUAGGAGAUGCAAUGUGUUUGCAACCAGUUAAGUGUAAAAAUUAAAAGUUUCUAUUUUAUUUUAUCUAGAGCAAGAUUACACACAUGGAUUAAUGGAGCUCAUGAUCUAAAUCAACUACUCUGCAUUUAAAAUUAAUGUUAUGUGCACUUGGUAGAUUUAUUUGUGCAUGUUUCUAAUUGCUUAGUAUUCCAAAAAUAAGUUUGAUUUCAAAAAAGACACAGCAUCUGGCUGAACCAUGCAGAACAAGAAUUUCAAGUUUGAUCACACUCCUUACUUAAUCAGUUAAGGUAAAAUAGGAGCUGCCAGUACCUGAAAUAAAAAGAAAAAUGCUGAAAACAUGUGGCAGAAUGACAUGUCAAAGGGUCUUUGACUUCUAACAUUAACUAUUUCUCUUUCUACAGAUGCUGCCUGAUCUAAUGAAUGUUUCCAGCAUUUUUUAAUUUUAUUACAGACUUCAGCAACAGUAGUUUUUGACACAAGUGUCUAAAUUGAAAGAGGGCAUUUAUCAUGCUUCAUAACACUGUUCCUGCUUAAUGGCAAGCAUGUAUGUUGCCUGGCUCAGUUCUGUUAUAGUCAAAUAACAGGGGCUCUUGAAUCAAAUCAAUAAUGGGUAUUUGAAUAAGGUACAGGAAGAAUAUUACUCAAGUGGAAAUUAAAAUUACACAGGAAGAGAAAAUAUGAGGCAAAAUCUUUCGUAAGAUCUUUUAUCUUUAAAGCACCUUUGAAUUUGCACAAAGAAAUCAGUAGCUAGGAUCCCAUUGAGGAGUUGUUUGUAUGUUAAUCCAAUCACCAUGAUGCACUGAUUUAUAUCUCCAAUGCAAAGUUUUGGGAAUUAAUCUUUGGAAAAGUUCUCUCAUCUAUAAACCUCUUUAUCUGAUUAUACCAAAAUAGUACUUGUCACAUUUUAGGAAGGUAAAAGCAUAUUUUAAUCCAUUACUUAGAUGGGCUUUUGUUAGUUCCAUUGAAUGAGGAACAAGACUAGUGGCAAAAGGAGGUUGCCUAUAAAUCCUCUCUAAACCUGAAGUGUUUGAUAAUGACACUCUAAAAUUACUUGAACAGGAUACAGCUCUUUUUUGUAUUGAUUUAGUGUUGGUUGAAUUUGAAACUUUGUGGAGUAAAUUCUUGUUGAGGAUGGAAACUGUUCAGUAAUUGCUUCUUUCUCUUUGUACCAUCACUUGAAAGAGUCAAAAAGCUUAUUAUACGAAAACAUUAAUUCAAUCAAUGAUGUUUCAUUCACUUAUUUCCAAAUGUUUUAUUUUUGAAAUAUGUUUUUGUAAAGACUGUUUUUGAAAAGGCUAUACCAAGCUCUUUGCAGAAAGGACUUUUUUGCAUGGAAAUGAAUUGAGGCUUUAGGCACCUCACCAGGUGUUGAAUACGUUCCUGUGGUUUUUGUCCCAAUGGUAGUUAAUUACUAUAUAUGUUGUUAAUGUCAUUAUUCUUUGAAUGUAUGAUGUCUUAACUAUCUGGUUUGCAGUUGCUUUAAAUUGUAAAUAUACUGUAUAUCCAAUCAUUGUACUCUUAUUAUCACAAUUAUUAUAAUGCCUUUGGCUGAUUAUCUUAAUUCCAUUUUAUAAAUAAGAUACAUGUACUCACAAUUCAAUUUAGUACCUGGAAUAAACCUUAUCCAAACUCCAUUCUGUUUGAUGAACUUCAUUGCUAUAACUAUUUUAUACAUAUGUGUUUUGAUAUUAAAUCUGCCCAAAGUAUAUGUAAGUUAUUUAAAUCCUGUAGACCAAAAGAGAAAUUAAAGUUUUGAACUUGAUCUGCACUGAGUUGCCAGCUAGAUUGAUAGUUAGUAUGCUGGGUAUUCUUGUAAGAUGACAGAGUUGGAAUUGGGUGAGGCUGCUUCUUCUGAUUUGAUCUGUCUUCUGCUGGAAAGAGCACAUAUGAUUAACUGGUAAAAGUAUUGUUGGCUUUAGCAGUGAUGCCAAAUGUUGUUUCUGUCUGUAGGUACCUCCGUAAACAUAGUCCACUUGGUCAAGCUGUCAGAGAGCUAACAUUCUGUGGAUCAUUCAUCAGGUCAUAUGUUGUACAACUCACAGACAAAUUCAUGUCUGUGAGUUCAUGGAUCCAUGUCUGUGAAUUCAUAGCUUGCCAUUUCACUUUUGCAAUGCUGCUUGUUACAUUCUCCUGUAUUUUGAAUAACACUAGUACUGAAAACAUUUUGCAUUUCAGAGUACAGUAUUAGACUGAAGUGUAAUGAACAAGUGGUAUUGUAUUAUCAGCUUUUGAAGCAUCAGAGCAAUAACUCUGACCAAAAGCAAGUUGAUCAUUAUAUCCUAGAAAGGUGUGAUGCUGGUACUUCUAAGCAUCUGUUCACAGAUGGAAGAUGCCUUUGACUUCUUUAGAUCAAAGAAAAGACAAAUAAUCCUGGAUACCUAGCAAAAUAUUCAGGUUAUAGGCUCAGCACAUAAGGAACUUCUGCAAUAAUGGCUAUAGCUGUUAUGAUUGACCUUCAACAAUCUCAACCAUUGGACUGUUUCCCUAUUGAUCCCCAUUGUUUUUACUUUUACCAGCUCAUUGCUACCACACAUAUUGUAUAGACAAUCACCUCUCACCUCUAGAAUUCAGCUGUUAGUCCAUGAGGCCUGGAGCCCAGCAGUUCUGGUGGAAUCAUUUUAGCGACGUACAGGUGAGGUUAUUGGUGAGUAGGGUGCUGCUUAACAGUACCACUGAUGACACCUUCCACCACUUUUGCUGAUGUAUGAGGACAGUCUGAUUCAUUGGGUGAUAAUUGCCAGACUGAAUUUGUCUUUUUUUGUGGAGAGGGCAUAGCUGGACAAUUUUCCAGAUUGAUAGGUAAAUGCCACUGUUGUAACUAUUGGAAAUGUGUGCUUUGGAAUGCAAGUCUUCAAUAUUAAUGAUGGGAUGUUGCUUGGUUCCAUAGCCUUUGCUAUACACUCAGUGGCCACUUUAUUAGGUACAUGUGAACACCUGCUUGUUAAUACAAAUAUCUAAUCAGUCAAUCGUGCAGCAGCAACUCAAUGCAUAAAAGUAUGCAGACAUGGUCAAAGAUGGGGAAAAAAUGUGAUCAAAGUGACUUUGACUAUGGAAUGAUUGUUGCUGCCAGACAGAGUGGUUUGAGUAUCUCAUAAACUGCUAAUCUCCUGGGAUUUUCAUGCACAACAGUCUCUAGAGUUCACAGGGAAUGGUGCAAAAACAAAAAGCAUCCAUUAAGCGGCAGUUCUGUGGUCAAAGAUGCCUUGUUAAUGAGAGAGGUCAAAGGAGAAUGGUUCAAGCUGACAGGAAGGUGACUGUAACUCAAAUAACUAAGUGUUACAACAGUGGUGAGCAGAAGAGCAUCUCUGAAUGCACAACACAAUGAAACUUUAAUUGGAUGGGCUACAACAGCAGAAGACUACAUCGGGUUCCACUCCUGCACCUAAUAAAGUUGUCACUGAGUCUAUCUAUCAGUACUCUCAUCUAUUUCCUGCUAUCAGAGGGCGUACAUCAAACUGAUGGAAGACUGGCCUGUUUGAGAGUGAAAAUUUCCAGAAGAAACUGAUCAUCUACUUCG